CACUAUCGACAACGGGCAUGCAGUGGAAUUCGGUGGAAUUGGAAAUAAACCUUUGCGGUGGCUAUAGCGGAAUUGCAUAAAUAGCGAGUCUAUCGAACAACGUGCUUCACAAACUUGAGAAUAUUAAACAAUUUGGAUGUGCGGAAAGAGUAUAGUUUUAGUUGUACCCGGAGUAAAAGAGCAACAGUUUUAAAAAGAAACUAGUGUGAGGAUUAAAUGCAUCGUAUACACAAAAAUUGAACCGAUAGUCGGCCGCCAAUAGAAAAUAAAAGAUAAAAAUUCUAAAUUAGAAUUGUUGUGUAAAUAAUAAACGACGAAAUAAUAAUCUAGAAGAAGAGGUUGACAAUACAUCCAUAAAACCUUUAGGAAGAAAUAGUAUUUCAUCAUACCGAAUUUAGGAAAAGGGCACGAACAUUGCAUUUCUGACCGGCAAAAUAUUACACAAUAAGCACACAAAACUACAUUUUGAAUAGUUGGAGACUUCGUGUCAAUAACAACCUAUAAUUUAAUAUUUUUAAUUACACUUUCACGUGCCCGUAGCUAUACGAAAACUGGAUAUAUCAUUACUCGUUUGAAGUGCAAAGAAAUAAGUGCAUAUUGCGGCCUUAGUAUUUUUAAACAAAAAGCAUACUCAUCAGUUAGAAAGUUAUUAAAAGUUAUUCACAUCUAAAAUGGGUUUACUCAGCGAAGGCAGUCCACUCUCAUGGGAAGAAACCAAAAAAUUAGCCAAUCAUGUGCGUGAACAUGGCAUUACGCAGUUUAUAAAUCUCUAUCACAGGCUAAAGGAUCGCACUGGCGACAUACUCAAGUGGGGUGAUGAGGUUGAAUAUAUAAUUGUUAAGUUUGACGAUGAAAAUCGUGUUGCACGUGUCUCACUGAAAGCGCCAGAACUACUCAAUCACCUUAAUGAAAAAGAAUUAGCCGAUCCCAAGGGCGUAAAAUCGUUGUGGCGCCCCGAAUAUGGUGCUUACAUGAUCGAGGGUACACCAGGCAGGCCGUUUGGCGGUCUUAUGGCACAUUUUAAUCUAGUGGAGGCGAAUAUGCGUUAUCGGCGUGAAGAGGUCACAGAAAUACUGGACAAAGAUGAGUGUGUCAUGUCCAUAACGAAUUUUCCACGUUUGGGCGCACCGGAAUUCACACAUCCCAUCUACUAUCCAAAUCCGGACGAUCCGAAUAGCUCGGCUAAAUCGCUAUAUUUCCCAGAUGAAGCCAUAUUUCCAGCACAUCCACGCUUCAAGACGUUAACACGUAAUAUACGUAAACGACGUGGCGAGAAAGUCGCCAUCAAAUUAAAAGUUUUCAAAGAUGUAAACACCAAACUACCCGUAGAGGGUGCACCCAAGGGUGAACCCGAUGUCGUUGCACUCGACGCCAUGGGCUUCGGUAUGGGCUGUUGUUGUCUACAACUUACAUUCCAGGCCUGUAACAUCAAUGAGGCACGCAAAUUGUAUGAUCAAUUGGCGCCAUUGUGUCCCAUUAUGUUAGCACUUACAGCAGCAUCACCCAUAUAUCGUGGCUAUUUAACCGAAUCCGACUGUCGUUGGAAUGUGAUAAGCUCCUCAGUAGACUGCCGCACCGAGGAGGAGCGUGGUCUACGGCCACUAAGUGAAAAUAAGUUCCGUAUUGCAAAAUCGAGAUAUGAUUCGAUCGAUUCAUAUCUAUCACCAGAGGGUGCCGCCUAUAACGACGUACCGCUCACAUACGACGAACAAGAUUAUAAACGUCUACGUGAUGGUGGCAUUGAUCCGCUAUUGGCGCAACAUGUGGCACACUUGUUUAUACGCGAUACGGUUUCAUUGUUUAGUGAGAAAAUCGAUCAAAAUGACGAAGAGGACACGGACCACUUUGAGAAUAUACAAUCGACCAAUUGGCAGACAAUGCGCUUCAAGCCACCUCCGCCGAAUUCGUCGAUCGGCUGGCGCGUGGAGUUCCGGCCAUGCGAGGCGCAGAUAAGUGACUUUGAAAAUGCUGCCAUUGUUUGCUUUGUCGUGCUGCUGACACGAGUGAUACUAUCGUAUCAGUUAAAUUUCCUGAUCCCCAUUAGUAAGGUUGAUGAAAACAUGCAAACUGCUCAGAAGCGUGACGCUUGUCGCAAAGAGAAAUUCUGGUUCCGCAAAACUUCUAAAAAGAGCUGCUACAUAAACGGCAACGGCGUUAAUGGCGUACACAACGGUACUAAGGAGAAUGGCGAAAUCAAUCAUGAGGAAUACGAAUUGUUGACAAUUGGUGAAAUUUUCAAUGGCAAGGCUGAUACUUUCCCUGGUCUCGUGCCGCUCAUUCGCAGCUAUUUGCAAUCAAUGGAAGUUGAUCCUGACACUCAUUGCACAAUUGAACAGUAUUUACGCUUCAUAGAGAAGCGUGCUUCCGGUGAGCUGAUCACAACUGCUACUUGGAUGCGCGAGCAAGUGUUAAAUCAUCCAGAUUAUAAACAAGACUCUGUUGUAAGCGAUCGCAUCAACUACGAUUUGCUCAAACGAAUCAAGGAUAUUCAGGAGGGCAAAGUUAUCGAACCCACAUUACUCGGUAAAGGCAAUCAUUCCAAAACGAAAGAUUCGCUACCGCCCGCUCUGCAGAAGCAGUUGGCAUUGAACGGCUGCUGCGAGAAUAAAUGACCACCCAAUGCGCAGGCGCAAACUAUAAUGGGGCAAUGUGAUCAGCAGUAAAUUUUUUUAUUAAAUGCGUAUAAGCAAAAGAAAUGUGAUGCUAUAGGUUUAUGAUGAUGACGAAACUUUUUUACCCAUCGUCGAUGCUGCAAAUUGAAUGUUUUUUGUUAUACUUAAAAAAAUAUAUAUAUAAUUAAUGAAACAAAAAAAUAGUUCAAAAACUUUUGAAAGUAAUUGAUUUAAACCAAAGCCUUAUGGCUAAUAUAUAAAUACAUUUUAUUUGAUAUAUAAAUAAAAAAUAAAAAAACAAAAAACGUAAUAUACUAUGUGCAACCAUAUAGCGUAUGUAUGGCCGGGUGUAAAAUUUACUGUUUUGAGAUUGUUGAUUAAUCCACAAAUAAAAAUAUAUGCAAUUUUUUGACUUAUUCAAAGUGGAUUUAUGUUCAAUGUUAUUGUAUCUCCUCUCUUUGAAAUACGUAUGUUGU